AUGGAAAACUUCGCAAAGAUACUUAGCAAGACGGAUGUCCAAAAGAGACUCUCGGUGCCAACCAAGUAUCUCAGCUCUCUCCCAUCUUUUAAUGGUGAUCGUGCUGUAGAGUUUCAAGCUAUGGAUGAAAGUGGCUGUGUCUGGGCCUUCAAAUGUUCCACUCGCAGGACAAGGCAUCCCAAACCAGUUCUUACAAGGGGAUGGCUUGCAUUCGUUGCAUGCAAGAAUCUUAAAGCUGGUGACAAGGUCGCGUUUUACAAGCUGAAGAACAAAUGCAGGGCAGCAACACAUGUUUGCAAGGUUCGGGUCGCGAAACAAGUCAAGAUUUUUGGCUCUGUUUUUGGCCACUCUCCAAUUCGAGCUCCAUAA